AUGAGCGAACUUCCUGAUGAAGACCGUCAGGAGACAACUGGAUCAGUUCGUAAGCUUGUUGGACGUCAGUGUCGGCAAGUGGUGGAGGAGAGCCCCUUUGAAGCUCUCAUCGAGGGCUACGAUGAAUGGAGAAGAGAUCAUCAGAUGCGGACCUUGCAGUUGGACAUUCUAGCGCCCAUGCUUGCCACAUGGAAUAUCACUGUGUGGCGACUGGAUUUUGGUGUGAAUGAGGUGUGGUCGUGGACACUGGAAGUUAGCCACUUGCAGAAGAAGUAUCUCAGCUGGAUAUUCUGGCUACUUCUUCGUGCAUGCAAAUGCCAGGCGCACUGGUCGAAAGCUGCAGCGACUGAAGAAGUUGGACCCAGACUUCGGGAAGGUUCUGAACUUUGUCGACAAGCACAGUAA